AUGAACUAAAUUCUUCCAAACAUAAACUCUAAGACUAAUGCAUUAUUACAAUUAAUAUUUCUAACUACAGCAGGUCUAUUAUUGUGUAUAUUGUUAUUUUCAACCUAUAGGGAAGAAGAAAUACACUAUAAUGGAGAAUUAUUAAAAUGUAAGUUAAAGUAUGAUGCUAAAAUGAAAUGUUAAUUAAAUAAUAGAACAUUGAAUAAUAAUAAAAUUACAAAAGAAGAUUGUCAAUUAGAAUAUAUAUGCAAUUCAAUUUUAGCAACAUAUCCAAUAACAAUUAUAGAUGGAGUAUUGAUUAUUGUGACAAUAGUAAUGAGUUUAAUGAAACAUUCAAAUUUACCAAGGAACAUUACUACAUUUAAUUUUGUUUCAUUUAUUUCUAUAUUAUUGAGUGCCUCUACAUUAUUUAUAAUGUCAAUAAUCUUGAUGACUGGAGCUUAAAAUGAAAACCUUAGUAUUUGGAUAUUAGUAAUAUAAUUACUCAUAUCUUUAAUUCUAUUUACAAGUCUCAUAUUUAUUAAAAAAGAAUAAGAAUUUUCAAAUUUAAUUAAAAAAUAAGAAGAAAUGAAUGGAACAGAAAUACAUUAAUAUGUGAUAAAUUGA